GACUGUUCUCAACAAUGAGCGUGCCCAUUGGAAGGGGAAUCCCCGAUGAAAUCAUUGAUAUGGCGCGCCUCAGCGAUUACGUGAAGUCAUCCCUCGGAAACCUCGACCUUCUCCGUAGAGUCGAAAGUUUCUUCCCCAAAAGUGACAGUCUAUCCGCGAUCCUCGAAGACGAAUUCCUGAGACUCCUCGGAGAUUGUGAGAACGAUGAGUACAUGCGCUGGUUGUGCAAAAUGAUCAGAAGGCUCUCGAGGGCAGAAUGGAAGACCAAACGAGAUCUUGUGAUCACAGCAGUUUGCGAUCCAUAUUUCUCCGGAGGUCCGAGUUUGGUUGACUUGGCUCUGAGAUCGAGAAUUCUCAGUAGAGAAACAAUCAUCUACCACCUGGAUCUGCUCCCCGUCAAGGUGCUCGUCCAAGUGUUGCGGGUUCUCCCGGACGAAGACUUCGUUUUGAGGGUUGCGGGACUCCUGAAGGAUGAGAGUAUCCUCAUCGAGUUUCUCGUCCACGCGGAGCACAUUUGUCCCAGGAACGUCAAGGUCUACCUCUCGGAGCCGGAGCGCUAUCGGAGACUGAUGGAAGUGCUCUCGAAUAACUAUGACAGUUCUGACCCUACGCUUCGGAAGUUUUCUGUGACCCUACUGAAAGUCAUUCUGGACCACGCCCGCGUAGAAAGCAGAGAGCUUAUUCUCGAAGUGUUGGCCGUCGCCGAGCAGAAACAAGUGCAUUUGAUCGAGCCAGUGUUGAACAUGUUCAUAGAAGCAAUACAGAACGGAACGUUGACGGACGUGCCGUGGAUUUUGAUGGUUUUCCGACGCCUCUUCAACCACCCGACGACAUGGGUCAAAUUACAGAGUUUUCGUUUCUUCCUUCGGCUGACACCAUUGCAAAAAAGAAUUUUCGAAACGCAAAAUGACGAUUUCUUCUACGGACAUUUCCUGGACUCCCUGAACCAAUUGUCCAUUUAUCCCAGGAAUCCCCUGAGUCCGGUCUCGAAUCCCGCCGAGCUCGGCACUCUGCUGCGCAACUGGAUGAGAAAUGUUCGAGAUAGCAUCGACGGGGAAAGCAUGGACUCAUUUUUCGCUCAAUUCAUCACAGCCGUCUGCAAGAAAGUGGAUUGGAAUUCGGUUGCACUGUUAUACGUAACGGAAUGCAUCGUCGAUAUAGAACCGAGAUCGGUCAUCGAGGACCUGGGCGUGAUUGUCAACGCUUUAGAAUCGUGGUCGAUGCCAGAACCCCUGAUCAAGAGAUGUUUAGUAAGAUAUUGGCUUCGGGUCGGUUGCGAGACCACGCAGUUGCCAACCUAUGAAGGUCUCGCGGAUUUCAUAAACAGAUACGCUGAGGAAUGCGACGCCGUUGAUAUAUUCGUCAUGAAAAUCAAAAGAACGGAGACAACUCCCGUCGACAUUUGCUCUGCGAUCUGGUCUGGAUGCCACGAUGCGGUAACGUUCAUGGAACGCUUCGGAAACUCUUCAAAAGUUUGGCUCAGCAUGUAUCGGAUCAAAGGCAUCAGCUCGAUUAUGACGCAUCUCGUGGGAAUACUCAAUAGCCGUGAAUAUCAAACUCACGCCAUAAAUAUUCUCAGAGAAGACUUUCGCCAAGUGUCGGUCAGACGAGCCGUUUUCGAAUUGAUGUGUGAGUGCUCCUUCGAUUGCCGUCUGGUGGGCGACGCGCUCACGGAGCCCCUGCCCAAUUGGUUCGUUUUCUGUCUGUGGACUACGACUUGUGUGGAUGCUGACCCGAAAAUUGUGGCCAGACAUCUCAAGUUGCUGACGUUGAGAUCGCAAUUGAAGAUAAUGCUCGCGUCGGACUUGGCUCCGAAAAUUUUGGAUUGCAUCGCCAGCUUCUGUGAGACUCUACCAGAAGCGAUCAUCGAUUUCGUGGAGUUAGUUUCCAACGCACUCCCCUUGGCACCCCAGAGCCUGACCCCUUCGCUUCUUAAACUUCUUCUGGCAGGCCUGAAGUUCAUAGCUCUCGACGACCGCAGGAUACCUAGAAUGAUAACCUUGGCCUGGAAGAACUGUCUUGAGGCAAGAAAGGCCACAAUAUUAUUCGCCGACUGCGUCGAUGUCUUCGUGAAAAUUUACUUCCACAAAGUUUGCAUUCAACACUGGUCGUCAACCCUCAAAGAUGUAUCUAGAGAUCUAGAGGAGCACUCGGCGAGGAUGGCUUGGUUCGGUCAAAAAUACUAUAUGGCCCUCAUCAAUCUCCUCGCGAAGAAGCCAGAGCUCCUCGCGUCUUUCUAUGGAAAGCUCGGCGAAGCCCUCUGUUACGGCCCAACUUUCCGCAAGGAUCAACAAAUCGUAUUGGACACCGAGAAUUACGAGUGGAGACUCCACACAAAUGUAGACUUCACAGGACUGAGCGAAUGUCGGUCAGCGUGGGAAGUUCGAGCGCACAGCCUCAGCUUCGUCAAAAAACCGCGAACCUCGACCUGGACUGACCAAGUGAUCGAAGGAGUUCUGCUCCACGACACGCUUGUAUCAUCGACGCGAAAGAGGUACUUCAAUAACUCCAAUAUACACCGGGUCAAAACAAGAGCGUGGCAAGUCAUCCUCGUGCUUUUGGAAACGUCUACGCCUACGAAGAAUCAUGAAAUUUUGACGAAUGUUUUCAAACAACUCCUGAACGAUAAUCAUCAGCUCACGGUACGACUCCUCAUGGAAUGGUGCGCGGUGAAGAUUCUUUUGAAAUCCAAGCAGCCAAAGUCAUCGAUUAGGAUGAUUAUGUCUGCCAUCGAAACGGCGGCGAGAGAGCGAGUCGGAUGCAUCUGUUCUUUUCUGAGCAUCCUCAUGCACUUCUGCAUUGCCAGAAAGAACUGUGACAUUCUAUCGGACUCCCUUGAAACGGUGCUUCCGUGGACCAUGUGCCAGCACUUCGCUGUGCGGCUACAUGCUCAAUUCGUUUUCAAACGACUGAUUGGUCUCUGUCGGUGCACAAUGAAGUGCCAUUCGCAAUACACGCCGUUUUUGAGAGCUCUGGACAGCGUGAUCAACUACGGCGACGGAGCGAAAACCGUCCAGAAGCUAAGUCAGGAUUUCUACAUGUCGGGCUGCGUCAUGACCGAAUGUGAGACGUACGAAGUUAUUUUCGACAGACUACCGAAAGCCUAUGGGUUGACGGAGCACGACUGCAUACCGCCGGGAUAUUUCGACUUCGAUGCGAAAUGGUCGGUCGAGAAUGACGAUCUGGAUAUUCACACCGAUCUCCAAAUCGAGGUCCUACGAGAAGAAUGUCGCCCCGACGAGACAACAGUGAUCCGCGAGAAAAACUAUCAGCGGAAAAUGAUCCCUGUGUCCAAUCUCUUCGAAGAGGAUCGACAGCCUCGCAGUAGUCAAUCGGGGCUCGUGGUCGUAGCAUCUUUGAUCGACCGGAUACCGAACCUCGGUGGUAUCAGCCGGACUUGCGAGGUCUUCAAGGCCUCCGAGUUGGUUAUACCCAACCUCAAAAUGCUCGAAUCGAAAGAAUUCCUGAAUCUGUCGGUAUCCUCCCAUCACUGGCUCCCGAUACGGGCCGUGAGCACCAACGGGCUCGAAGCGUACCUGAUGGAAAUGAAGCAGGCUGGUUACACAUUGAUCGGAGUGGAGCAAACGGCGAAGAGUGUCGCUUUGGGAAAGUACUGCUUCCCUUUGAAAUCAUUACUUCUUCUGGGCCACGAGAGGGGGGGCCUGCCGGCGCACCUGAUAGACUUGAUGGAUGCUUGCGUGGAAAUUCCUCAACAAGGGGUCAUCAGGUCCCUGAACGUGCACGUCUCCGCUGCGAUUCUUAUCUGGGAGUAUCGACGACAAUUCUUAGAAGGGAUUGUUUGAUGACAAGAAUGGGCGUAAGAUAGACCCGAAGUUGAGAGU